AUGGACCAACAAGGACCUUGCCCUGCUCCAGCUCCCGCCCCUAUCUUAUUGGUGAACGCCGCUGCCACUCAGCCUCCUCCUACGGUAUAUGUAAGCAACUCAACGGCUGUUGACAACCAAAGCCUUGCUUUGAUUCACAUCCCGCCUGCAGCUGGACCCGGUCAACUGCUUUGUUCGCCCAUUUCAAAUUCGGCUGCCCGCCAGCACUCUGCUCCGUUGAAUGGCGCAACGUCCGACUCUUUUUCGGUCAAUGGGACCACCUAUUGCCACAAAGUGAACCGUGCUUCUGUCCAGUACCGUUUCUCCACUCACAAUAUUUUGUUGAAUAAGGACUCUUUGAUUGAUGGUGGAGCCAACAGUGGCCUUAGCGGCUCCAAUGUAACCGUUACUUCGCAAUCCCUGUUGGAGGCAACUGUCUCUGGAAUUGGAAAUUUGGAACUGACCAACCUCCGUUUGUCAACGGUGGCCGGACUUGUUCACAUGAUGGAUUGCCCCAUUAUUGGUGUACUGGUAAUACCAUUCAUGCGCUCCUGGGGAGUCAUGGUUGACAACAUCCCUCGUACUUUUGGUGGCAAACAGCGUAUUGUCAUGUCCGAUGGCCGUUUUGUCAUCCUGCUUUCAAUUUCUGGCGGACUCACAUAUUUGUCUAUGCAGGCCCCUACCGAGGAGGACCUGGACACUUUUGAAUGGGUGCCUUUUACCGCAGAUAACGAAUGGGACCCAAAUGGUGUAUCUUCUCCUGCCGCUACCAACGAUGACCUCAGUUUGCAGCUUCCUGCCGGCCAUGUCCCGUUCCGUGAUGAACGCAUCAAUAACUUUGGUCCCCUUGCGCAUUCCGCGGCUGUCAGUCGAUCCCCUUUGAAUGCCAAUGCUGUUCAACCUGAUUUUGGAUGGGUUCCCAGUGCUUGUAUCUCUCGCAUGUUUGAGAAUACCACGCAAUUCGCUCGUGCCGAUGCCCGUUUGCCCCUGCGCAAGCACUUCAAAUCGCGUUUCCCUGCUGCCAAUGUAUCUUGUUUGAACGAAAUUGUGGCAACCGAUACCUUUUUCUCGGAUACCCCUGCGGCCGAUGACGGCAUUUUCAACCCUGGGGGGGGGGGGGGGCUACAAUGGCCCAAUGUUUCGUGGGAAAAACGCAAAUCUCAGUUUGCCCAUACUUUCGAGGACUUUGUUUGUACCCAUGGUGCUCCCAAUGCCCUCCUCAGCGACAAUGCUUGUGCUCAGAUCGGUAAGCAGGCGCUUCAAAUUUUGCGAAUGUAUGCAAUCGACAAUAUGCAGUGCAAGCCGCACCAUCAGCACCAAAAUUACCCGGAACGCCGCAUUGAAGAUGUGAAAAAGAUGGUGAACACAAUCAUGGAUUGUACAAACACUCCUCCGGAAUAUUGGUUGCUCUGCUUAUUUUAUGUGACCUACUUGCUCAAUCACCUUGCUGUUGAAAGCUUGAAUUGGCGUACCCUGCUUCAGGUUGCCCAUGGACAGCGUCCUGAUAUUUCUGCCUUGCUCCUUUUCCGUUGGUUUGAACCCGUUUAUUAUUACAACCCUGACCAUGCGUCUUUCCCAUCGGCUUCUCGCGAGAAAACUGGUCGUUGGGUUGGUGUUGCUGAACACAAAGGUGAUGCGCUGACUUAUUGGAUUUUGACCGAAAAAACUCACCAAGCCAUUGCUUGUUCUGUUGUUUGUUCAGGCAAUGUCAAUACUGGUUUGAAAAAGCACCGUGCUGCAAAUUACUCUCCCGAUGGAGGUGAGCCUUCGAAUCCUAAGCCUAUUGUCUUGGCUAUGAGCAGGCCUCCUUAA